AUGGAAGUCCCUGAGUCUUGCACAGUCCUGGUCGCCGGGGGUGGACCGGGAGGAUCGUAUGCAGCCGCAGCUCUGGCAAGGGACGGUAUUAACGUCGUCCUUCUCGAGGCAGAUAGGCAUCCCCGUUAUCACAUCGGCGAAAGCAUGCUCCCGUCCAUCAGACCGUUGCUGCGCUUCAUUGAUCUGGAGGACAAAUUCGACCAACAUGGAUUUCAGAAGAAGCUCGGAGCCGCUUUCAAGCUCACCGCCAAACGUGAAGGAUAUACCGAUUUCGUCUCUGUGCACGGCCCGAAAGGGUAUUCGUGGAAUGUAAUUCGAGCUGAAGCGGACGAACUCAUGUUCAAGCACGCAGCCGAGAGUGGCGCCAAGACAUUCAACGGCAUCAAGGUCAACUCGCUGGCUUUCGAGGUCUUUGAGGGCGACUUCCCUGAAGGUCAAAAGGUAGCCAAUCCCGGUCGUCCAGUUUCUGCCCAGUGGUCUGCCAAAGAUGGCACCUCUGGGACGAUCAAGUUCGAUUAUCUAGUGGACGCUACGGGCCGGGCCGGUAUCACCUCCACCAAGUACCUCAAGAACCGCAGAUUCAACGCUGGGUUGAAGAACCUUGCUAUCUGGGGCUACUACAAGGGCUGGAAACGCUGGUCCGAGGGAACUCUGAGAGAAAACCAGCCUUACUUUGAGGGAAUGAAAGACGGCUCGGGCUGGGUUUGGACGAUUCCUCUUCAUAACGAAACAGUUUCUGUGGGUGCUGUCUUGCGAAAGGAUCUGUUCGAGGACAGGAAGAGGAGCCUUGGCGAGGGCGCUACCAACGCGAAGAUCAUGGAUGAGUGCAUCAAGCUCUGCCCCACGAUCCAGUCGCUCCUUGAACCUGCCGAGCUCGUAAGCGAUAUCAAGCAAGCUACCGACUACUCAUACUCGGCUACUGCGUAUGCCGGUCCGCACUUCCGCAUCGUCGGCGACGCCGGAUGCUUCAUUGAUCCGUUCUUCUCGUCCGGCGCUCAUCUGGCGCUGACUGGCGGGCUUGCGGCCGCCGUGUCCAUCAAGGCAUCCAUCAACGGCGACUGCACCGAGUACCAAGCCUCCAAGUUUCACGCCAAGAAGGUAGAUGAGGGCUACAACCUAUUUUUGCUGGUGGUGCUGGCUGCCCUCAAGCAGAUCCGGAUGCAAGAGAACCCUGUUCUCAGUGAUAUUGACGAAGACGGCUUCGACCAGGCCUUCAACUUCCUCAAGCCAGUCAUCCAGGGUUCUGGCUCCUCCGCCAUCACCAAGCGCUUUUCACGCGAUGAGAUAUCCCAGACCAUCGACUUUGCUGUCCAAGCGCUUAACUCAUUUCCCACUACGGACGACCACGAUGCUGACCAGUCAGGCGCCAACGGGAAGCUCCAGCCGGAAAUGACAAUGCCUGACGAGGGCGUCUUGACCGGGUUCAAGAUUCUUGAGCAGGCGGCGCCCAGCGCCGACAUGACCAAGUUUGGGCACACGUCCAUUGACGGCCUCGUGCCUCGCAUCGAGCGCGGUAAUUUGGGCCUCAUCCGGGGUUGA